UAAGAAGAAGCCGUAAUGUUUCUUUCUUUCCAUUCCUGAGUUUCUACUUCUCAAAAACCUCAAAAAUGGCUUUCUCCUCGGCUGCUGCUUCUGCCUGGACAUGUGAUCCGAUUUGCAGGCUUGUAACGAGGACUAGUAGUUCGAAUUCCAGCAACCCUUUUCCACCUCAAGCUUCUACUGCAUCAAUCUCCUUUCCAAGAUCUUCAUCACCCCUUUUUGUCAAUCGCAAAAAGCGUUUCUUGUCCAUCAAAGCAUCAGCUUCUGUUGAAGCGCCACCAACUACUGGGGGCCUUGCACCUGCAAUUACUUUGACAGAUAAUGCAUUGAAGCACUUGAAUAGGAUGAGAGCUGACCGAGAUAAAGAUUUGUGUCUUAGAAUUGGGGUCAAGCAAGGUGGAUGCUCUGGCAUGUCUUAUACAAUGGAGUUUGAGAAGAGAGAAAAUGCAAGGCCAGAUGAUUCCAUUAUUGAAUACAAUGGUUUUAUUAUUGUUUGUGAUCCCAAAAGCCUUCUCUUCGUUUUUGGAAUGCAGCUGGACUACAGUGAUGCACUUAUAGGGGGAGGCUUCUCUUUCCAAAAUCCAAAUGCUACACAAACCUGUGGUUGUGGUAAAUCAUUUAAUGCAUGACUGUAAAAAUGUGUAUCAGAAAACGUGUAUACAAAUAAUGUAACUUUUAAGGAAACUUUGUUGGGUUACUUACCAGAUAGGAGGAAUUUGAUGGAAAACAUCUUUUCAUCAUCUGAAGUAUAAUAUUGGACUUUGAUUUUUUCAGUUUUCAGUAAGCGCAUAUGCUUUGUCACUGCAGCUGAAUGGUAUAAUUAUACUGCAA